CCUGGCCGAGCACUGUGGACAGUUUAGGACCCCUCUUGUAGGACUACUGUGACCAUGUUUAGAAGAGUUGUUUGGAAGUCGCUGGGUUUCUUCGGCUAUGCUAUCCAGUAUGGUUGUAUAGCACACUGUACUUUUGAGUACAUUGGGGAAAUAGUUAUAUGUUCAGGACCCUCUAUGGAACCCACCAUACAGAAUUACGAUGUUUUGAUGUGUGAAAACAUAAGCCGACACCUGUAUUCAAUCCAUAAGGGCGAUGUUAUAAUAGCUAAAAGUCCAAACAAACCAAACAUUAACAUUUGCAAGAGGGUAAUUGGAAUGGAAGGUGAUAAAGUCUGUACCAGCGGCCCGUCAGACCUCCUCAAGAGGCACACGUAUGUUCCAAAAGGCCAUGUCUGGUUAGAAGGUGACAACCUGAAAAACUCCACAGAUUCAAGAAGUUAUGGACCCGUCCCCUAUGCCCUUAUACGAGGGCGAGUUUGUUUUCGGAUAUGGCCUUUUCACUCUCUUGGAACACUUCAGGACAGUCCCAAUGGCCGGCUAUUUAAAGACAAUUGA